CUCUCUCUCUCUAUCUUUCCCGUUUCCCGCUCGAUUCGCUCAACAAGUUUCACGACACCUUUUUUUCCGGAGAGUUGCAACGGGAGUUCCAGCGCGCGGAGAGGUCAACGGAAGAAAACAGAAAGUUCCGGGUGCGCGCGCGCGCGCGCGCACGUUUUCGCGGCCUUCCUCCCUGCCGGGCGGCCAAAGAGGCUCACCGGAAGUUUCGUAACGCGGCUCGUACGCAGCCCCCGAGCGGCGGUAGUACGAGCCGCGCUCAGGUACGCGUGUGCGUGAGGGACGCGUCGGUGCGUGUGUUUACAACCUGCGGAUAGUGCGGCGGCUGCGGCGGCGGCGGUGGCGUUAGGCACCGAUUACGGGAUAUGGAUUCGCAGUGGAGCCGAGCGGAUGCGGAGGGCGGCAGAUGACGGAUCCGCGAGCCGUGCGAGAGGAGGAGCCGAAUGAAAGUGAAAACGGGGGACUGCGAGCUGCGUGUUACUACCGCUACUGCUGCUGUUGCUGCUGCUGCUGCUGCUGCUGCUGCUGUUGCUGCUGCUGCUGCUGUCGCUGCUGCCACUGCGAUGUGAGAGGGAGGAUGCGUCGGCCUUCGGGAGAAGCACGGCGACGAAGGCUGCGGGAAGACGAGCACCGGCCGACGAUGAGUGUCUCGGUUUCUUCCCGCUGCAAACCCGGUGGUGGAUUGUAUGUGCAAGGGCCCACCCUCUUUAGAAUUCCCCGGCCGUAAAGGAGCGAGGAGCUCGUCGAAGACAAAGACCACGGGGAGCUGGCGCGCAAGAGGAGCGGUUAGAACGAGGAGGAGGAGGAGGAGGAAGCGGAGGAGAGGCGCGACGUGGAAGCGCAGUUGAGUGGUGAAAAAGCGAGACGGAUAGAUAAGGAGAUAAGGAAGAUGGGAGAGAGCUCGCCGGAUCUCAGCCUCCGGCUACGCCAGGGCAGUUCCGACUCCAGAGAUUCCUUCUACAUGGACUUCGCUCAGGGUAUCGAUUCCGAUAUCGAGGAAGUGACGCGACCAGGCGACAAUAAUUCCGAUCCGAUGCUGGAGAAUCAUCUGGAAGAGAACGGGAACGAGCUGCCACCAAUCGAGGACAUCACGACGAUCCCGGAGGAGGCAUCGGAGGAAUUGAGGGAGGAGGAGGAGGCGGCCGCGCUGGAGGCUGCUCUACGAACGCCGGACGGCGGCACGAUUAGCACGGAGAUUGAGAAACCGCCGGGCACGGCCACCACGCAGGAUUGGCCUGGGCUGCCGGUCGCGCUACCAUCACCAGCCUCGCCAUCCGCGGUAAUCGUCUCGCCGGAAACGCUGUCUAGACACAGCAGCAGCUCACCCUCUCGCGUCCACCGGCCACCCCAAUUCGCGUUGGCCCUGCCAUGCUCCUCGCAGCCGAUUCCGGCGGUCUGUUACCCAGCGCCGACCUUCCUCGAGGUCACCGACGAGCGGAAGUGGAAGAACCUUGGAUGCGACGCCCUGGCAACCACUUUGAGCGCGUUGUACGGGAAACUUCUGGUCGUGAUGGGGAUCGCCUUUCCCAUGGCGGAAGUAAUAUCCACGUAUAUACCGCCGUCGUUCUACGAGGCUUUCUACCUCUACCUCUACUUCGGCAGCAUGAUCUUCCUCGUGUACAUGUACGCCAUGUUGUUCAGGGACGGCAAAUCGAAACCAAAAAAGCAGAAGGACGUGUGCGACCUGGACUCAUCGCGGUCGUCGAGCGGCGCCGGCGGCGACAGCGACGCUCCUGAGACCGGAUGCCCGCACAUGAAUCCGGCACGUCCGGUCCAGCACUACGGCAGCUUCUACCUGCGAAUGGGCGCCGUGGCGUUCGGCAUCGGCUCGAUGAUCUACUCCGGGCUGGAAUUCGGCCAGUAUUUCGAGCUGGAACGCAACACCAAGUGUCACAAUAUCAUGCUGGCUCUCACACCCGCCACGAGAAUGGCCUUCAUCUUCAUCCAAAUGUACUUCAUAUUCCUGAACAACGAGCAAAUGAAGGUUUAUCGCCAUCGCGUGGUCGCGCGUUUCGGACUGAUGCACAUGAUCGGCACGAAUCUGUCAGUCUGGUUGAACGUUCUCGUCCAGGAGACGAAGCACGAGAUCCUCACGUUCUACAAUCCGGAGAACAACUCCCUCCGGAUCUCCCACAGGCUGGGCUCGAAGGGUGGACUUCAUCUCGGCGGCCACACUCACUCCCAUCACGGGGAACACGUGCGACUGCCGCGCGGCCUCAAAGGACCCCAUCACAUGUUCGAGUGCCGACGGACGAAUAUAAUGGGAUCACUGGUGCAAGACGCCAGCCCCUUUCUCUUCCCGUGCACGAUCGAGUACAGCCUGAUUUGCGCGGCCAUUUUAUACGUUAUGUGGAAAAAUAUAUCGAAAGUCGGAUUCACGCAGCCCACGACACCGCCGGGCUCGCGUCACCAUGCGCACGCCUACAGGAAAUCGCCUCACCAUUACAGCGUGGACUGCGCCCGCGCGCACAAGGGUCUCUUCGUGGGCAUCUUGAUCCUGGUACUGACCAUCAUUUCCCUAAUCCUCUUCUUCGUGCUCAUCUCGCGACCCGAACUGGUCAGCCUCGCCGUGACCGAGGUGAACGUCUGCGAGCUCACGCUCUACGGGAUGUCCACCCUGGCGACGUUGAUCGGCAUGUUCCAGAUGCGCAAGCUGCGCUACGAUGGCGGCAGAAACCUCGAGCUGGACAACAUCCUGCUGGUGGCCGCGCAAACCGGCAUGUUCAUUUACUCCACAUUCACUAUCAUCGGCGGCCAUUUCACCCUGCAGAAGCACACGGUGCUGGUGCUGGUGACCGCGCUGGCCAGCGUCGUGCAGACCACGUGUCAGACCAUCUUCAUCCUGGACGCCUCGAGACGCUCAGUCGCCACCGCUGAACAGAUACGACGGAAGCCAGGCCGGGAGAUCGUGACGUUCCUCUUGGUGACAAACUUGGCCAUGUGGGCGAUCAACACGCUGGAGAAAUCCCGAGCGGAAUCGCACCCGGUGCAGCUGCACUUCUACGGUCUGUGGGCGUGGACGAUAAUCACCCACGUGUCAAUGCCGCUGGCGAUCUUCUACAGAUUCCACAGCACCGUGUGCCUGUGCGAGGUGUGGAAACGGGCCUACAAGGUCAAGCCCACCUACAUGUGACGCAAGGGGUCCCGCGAGGUCGUGUGGAAGACCGCAGCUGCCCCGCAACGGUUCUGCAGGAGUCUGCAGAGACUCGACGCCAUCGCGGAGAACGACCCGGCAUAUUUCAUAUGAUCGAGGGAAGCCGGCUCGGACGCCCGACCGCUUUGGCCCGGGGAAGCCCGGUCGGCCGGCGAUCCAUGGUAUUAUCGCAUGGAUAGAACUAUCCUGGACGUCCAGUCGGACGAUCCGCACGCCGUCACCAGGCUGUACGCGUGUCGUUACAAGAAAUUCCGUCAGAUUUCUGGUCAGCUCCAAGAGCUCACGACAUAGAACUAAUGCAGACCCAAAGGCCUGAAAAAAAGGACGUCCGGAUACUAUGCAAUAUAGCAAACAUGAGAUCUGUUCUUUGCAGCUGCGCUAGGUGGCGCUGGGUCUGCGCUUAAGCCUCUUUCCGCCGCAGCAAUUUGAUGACGUCAAGAGUGAGGGAAUCCAUGCUGAAAAUUCUUAUGAAAUUCCUACGUAUUACGUCGAAAUGAAAAAGAUGUAUCCGUAAAAUAACACCUGCAAUCUAUCGAUAGUUCAAUUCCGAAAUGCUCUGAAAACUUUUGUCGAAGCGAUUAAAAAAUAGGCGAAAAUUUGACACGACGAAAUCGUGCGAGAAAAGAUAGAUUGAGAAAGAAAAGCGCGCAUUAUGUUAAUUUUACGGUUAUUUGUCAAUUGUUAGAGCACAAGGAAGGUUCCCUGGGCGCAUUUUGGAAAUGUACUCGAUCGAUUGUCAUUUUAUGGAUAUAUCUUUUUAUUUUGACGCGUUCCGUAUGCAUUUUUAAUACAGAUCUCCUCGCUUCUAAUCAACCAAGAAUUCCGCGAUGAGAGACCAGGAGCUUUGAGGCUCUCGCUACUUUCUCCAUGUCAUCUUGAUUGUGACGUCAGCGAGAAAAUAAUAGGUUGUAAAUGAGAAGAUAUUUGUUCGAAAAAACACUUCAGAUCGCUCGAGUAUCCUUGUAAAACGCUUCGAAAACUAUACUUCUUUCUUGAAUCAAUGAAUGAAACAGCCCUGAAAUGACCGUAAUUGACCGAGGUUUAAUUAUGCGAAAUGAUUGCGCAUACGCAUGAUUAUGCCUCGUAAUAGUCAUUUUACGGCUGUUGAUGGAUUAUUAAGAGAACAAGGUAGUUCAGAGCAUUCGGCGGGAGUAUACUUGAAGUAUACUCGAAGUUUCACAAAAAUGUCUUCUCACUCGGAAAUGGCACGCGAGAAUUUCCAGCGUGUUUUCUCACUUCUGACUUAAAAUCAAGUAGAUACAUACUGACUCUUGCUGAAAGAGAGAAAAAGAUAAAAAAGAUUGCAAAGCUGCAAAGAAUAGAGCUGCGGCCAGUUAGAAGAAAAGAAGGACGAUUCGACGGGAGAGCGCUCGCAAGUACGAACGUAAACAGUAGGUUAAAUUCGGAGGUUAGUUAUCUCGGAGGUCAGUGUCUUUAGUUAAUCUUGUACAGAUAACAGAUAGCAGAUCGGCAGAAAUGUCGGCGACUCCGCGCGUAGUCCGCGCAACACACCGUUGCGAAAGUCCACUGUCACUUCCUAAAUAAACAGAAUUAGUCAUCCGCUGCUCGAAAUGUCGCUCGAAGCGAUCGCGUCGGGGAAGGGUCCUCGAAGGCAAGACAAGCGAGAGGCACCGAAGAGGUGGAAAAACUGAAGAGACGGCGAGGUCGUCGCGGGUCGAGUCGACUUACGGAGGAACCCUUCACUGCAAACGUACGAUAUUUCUCUCGAGCUUCGCCUGGCCAUCCUCGCAAGAUUCCCACGUGACUAAUCCUCCACUUCGCCAUCGAUGCCUGUAAAUAGCAGCCUCUGUUGGCCACAUCGCGCACCGGAGAAAACAGAGCCGCGCGCGCCAAUUAGGGAAACUUGCGAAUCACACGCGCAACCGCACUUAGAGGAAUCCCGGGUUUCGUAUCGAUAAACGAUCAAUAUUACGUGUGUGUGUGUGUGUGUGUGUCGAUAUCUAUCACUCGCCGUUUCCCACAGCUUUCGCCCUGAGCCGUGACCCUAGAGAGCAAGAGCGGCGGCGCGCGCGAGAUUGGGGAGAAUCAGAGUUCAGCCGUAAGAAAGAGAGUUCAAUCGCGAUAACGAUAGAUUAACGAUCCCUUCGCAGUUACCUUCUAUCGAUGCCGCGAUAUCGCGCCAACCAGCGUAAGAGAGGCCGGAAAACGGAUCAUUUAGCGCUGUUCGGGGAAUGUAGCAAUGGAGGUGAUGAUGCAAUCAGCUGAAUUCUUCGUCGGGUCUAAAUGGUCGAGCCGACUAAAGUAUACUCGACACGGAAAAUUCAUGAAUCGUUACGUUCGUUAUGAUAGAUUACGAUAGAUUCUAAAGGCUCGUCUCGUCCGGAGACGCUCGAGUGUGUUUUCAGAAUAUUCCACGGAGAGCGAAAUAGAAGAAGGGACGCCAAGUCACAGAGAAACACAACCGACCAAACGUACGACUCGUAGGUGACGGAACUCGUCCACUCGUUAGAGCUAGAGAGAGGGUUAGAUCUCGCUAAAUUAGAUUUUCUUAGAAGCAAUUUCAUCGAAGCGUAGCCCUUCGAUUUUACGGGAACAAUGAACCUUUGUUCGAUACACAGUUUUCUAUUUCUGAGCUAGAGCCCGAGAGGUGGGGGAGAGUGGGACUUCUCUCGCCUCGGAAGACUGAAACAGAUAUCGGGGGAAGGGCCGGAACAACAUACAAAUACAAAUCCUGAUCCACUUCGAACCGAGUCCUCUAAAUCCGUGCCUCGAGAAAGGGAAAGAGCCCAUGCCCGAGGUCGCUCAGUUUUCAAUGACGAGACUCUUGAAAUUUGUAAACGUUUCGCUGUCUUGAAGGAUUCUCUCGGCUUAACCGAGGAUCUCUCUCCGAUAAUCAUUGGAAUUCCGAUUGAUCGACGUAAUUAGCGGCAAAGCCUGAAAAAAGUGUACACAUUUUGGAAUUUUCUAUCGCUGAGAAUCGAAAAGCGUGAGCAUGGGCCCUUCACUUCCGAGAGCUACAGAGAUAUCAAAUUUUAUUGUUCGGUGCUCGCGAUCGAAGGCGUUUGAACGCUUUUAUGGAUAUCCGUCUUCCACGUAGUACAAACUGCAGCUUAAUCCUGGAGCACUGGGCUGAGUAAAUUUUCGUUGAGCAACGCACACAGUGUGACGGUUUGUAUAUGUGAAAAUAUCAGCGAACAAUACGAAAUUAGUGAAAGAAAGCCAAGAGACUCGCCUAUUCACUUUUCCUCCAGAGAGCCUGAGGCGCAGGAAAUUCUUCGCGAAUAAUCUGACGUCCAACAACAGGAUCAACUCAGUGUUCUAGGCUUAAGCGACAAUCGUCGCGUCCAUUCACAUGGUUCAAGAACAAAAAUUGCGGCGGGAGAAAUAGAUUACGAAUACGUUCGAUAUAAUGACAGACAAUAUUUUGGUAUAAUGAUGUUAUUCACGAGUUUCUGUGGCGAACAAAAUUAUGUCCCCCUUAUUGAGCGUGACAGUUGCGAGACAACUGCACAGGUCCUAAAUCAUUUUACUGUGACGUGGUCGCACAGGUAGUUGCAGUAAUUAGAAAUAUUCUAACAGAGCGUAACGACGCAAAAAGGAACUUUAUUUCUCUUGGUUUCUUAUCCAGCAAACUCGAAGUCGAUGCUCGUUUCGCGAACCUUGAACUAUCGAACGUCUAGAAUGUUGUCCAUAAAGU